AAAAAAAAAAACUAAUUUGAAGUGAUAAAAAAAGGAAGAAAAAACCUUGCUUAUUUUCACUUUCAAACCCAUAAAAAAAAAUCAUAAAUUAGAAAAACCAGGGAGAAACGCGGGAGAACGCCGGGAGCUGCUACAGAACAAACGCGGGGGCCGGCGACGUAGAGACGAACGGGAGGGUUACUGCUGGUUCGCAGGUGGUGGCUCCGGUGAACGCAGAGGGGAAUAUAGUAACAUUGAAACACAAUGAGGCCGAGCUUUCUUCUCUCGGAAUGGUUGUUGUGUUUGACUUAACCAUGCCUCCAUAAAAUCUUUACAUCCAAUUUUGCAUGUUGCCAACGUCGGCAGCCUUUUCGGGGUUAGGCGGCGGCGGCCUCAGAUCUCAUCGCCGAUUGCCAACGUCGUUCUCGUACCCAUUUCAUUCUCUCAUUCACACCCGCUCUUCAAUUCCAUCUCACAAACACAAACCCGCCACCAAUUGGAAUGUAACUCAUGCCCUUGUUCAAGCCAAUCCACUCCUUGCUCUUCUUGAAAAUUCCAAAUCCAUUUCUCAUUUGAAGCAAAUCCAAGCUCGAAUGACCAUCACUGGCUUGAUCGCUGACCCAUUCGCUUCCAGUCGCCUUAUUGCCUUUUGUUCGCUAUCCCAAUUGAAGAAUCAUGAUUACGGCACCAGAAUUUUGUUCAACACUGAAAACCCAAAUGUAUUUUCAUGGAAUGUAGCGAUCAGAGGGUAUUUGGAGAGUGAAUCACCGUGGGAGGCUGUUGUUUUGUAUAAGAGGAUGGUUGGAGAUGGUGUGUCUCGGCCGGAUAAGUAUACUUAUCCUUUACUGCUCAAGGUUUGUGCUUUGUUGCAGUCGAAUUUGAUCGGGUUUCAAGUUCUUGGGCAUGUGUUGCAAUUGGGUUUUUGUUCUGAUUUAUUUGUUCACAAUGCUAUGAUUCAUAUGCUUGUUUCAUGUGGAGAAUUGGAUGAAGCACGCAACCUGUUUGAUAAAAGUUUUGUUAGAGAUUUAGUUUCUUGGAAUUCUUUGAUUAAUGGGUAUGCUCGGGUGGGACUAGCAUCUGAAGCGAUAAGGUUGUAUCAAGACAUGGAAGCGAAUCAAGUUAAGGCGGAUGAAGUUACAAUGGUGGGGUUGGUUUCUUCUUGUGCCCAACUAGGGGAUUUAAAUAAAGGGAGAGAAUUUCAUCGGUUUAUUGAAGUAAAUGGAUUAAAUUUAACGGCCCCUUUGGGUAAUGCGCUCAUGGAUAUGUAUGUGAAGUGUGGUGAUCUUGCAUCAGCUGAAGAAUUAUUUGGUGGUUUGGUGAAUAAAACUAUUGUCUCAUGGACUACAAUGAUAGUGGGUUAUGCCAAAUUUGGGUUUUUUGAUAUUGCUGGAGAGCUUUUGUUUGAAAUGCCAGAGAAGAAUGUUGUGCCAUGGAAUGCACUAAUUACUGGAUUUGUCCAAGCUAACCGUGGUAAAGAGGCACUAGUUCUGUUCCAUGACAUGCAGGCUAGGAACAUAAAGCCUGACGAGAUUACCAUGGUUGGUUGCUUAUCAGCAUGCUCACAACUUGGAGCUCUUGAUAUUGGAAUAUGGAUUCAUCAUUAUGUUGAAAAACAUCUCAUUUCUUCUUAUGUUCCCUUCGGAACUGCUCUAGUUGACAUGUAUGCCAAAUGUGGAAACAUCACAAAGGCACUUCAGGUGUUUCAGAAUAUGCCAGAACGAAACUCCUUGACAUGGACGGCUAUCAUUUGUGGUUUGGCUGCUCAUGGCCAAGCACAUGAUGCCAUUUCUUACUUUGAAAAUAUGAUUGAUACAGGGUUGGUGCCUGAUGAAAUAACAUUUAUUGGGGUCUUAUCUGCUUGUUGUCAUGGAGGUUUGGUUGACGAGGGCCGCAAAUACUUUUCCCAAAUUAGCUCCAGAUUUCAUCUUUCCCCGAGCCGUAAACACUACUCCUGUAUGGUUGAUCUUCUUGGUAGAGCUUGCCUUUUGGAAGAGGCUGAAGAGCUUAUCAAGAACAUGCCAAUCAAGGCAGAUGCUGUAGUUUGGGGUGCAUUGUUUUUUGCUUGUCGUAUGCAUAAAAAUAUUCUAAUAGGAGAAAGAGCAGCUUAUAAGCUUCUUGAGUUGGAUCCUUAUGAUAGUGGGAAUUACAUCCUGCUUGCAAGUAUGUAUGUGGAAGCAAAUAUGUGGGAUGAGGCAGCAAAGGUACGGAAAAUGAUGAAGGACAGAGGAGUGGAGAAGACUCCUGGUUGUAGCUCAAUUGAGGUUAAUGGCAUUGUUCAUGAGUUCACAGUUGGCGAUAACUUACAUCCUCAAUCUAAACUAGUAUAUGACUCCCUAGUUUUGUUAACAACAGAAAUAGAGACUCUAAGUUCUGAACCAGAAUUUCAUACAUUCAGGGAUAGCUUUAUGCUUGCUUUAGAUUUCGGCUAGUGGUUUGUGCAAGAAGCUCAUUUUACCAUAUUAGCAGAUGGAAAAUGUAAGAAGAAAGAAGAGUGUUGAAGGAGGAAGUGAUUAAAAUGGUGAAGAGGUGUUCAGUGAGUGCACUUCAAAGGAACAUUGUUAAUUUCUCUUUCCAUUAUGACUACGGAAUCAUCCAUCGUUUCGUACGAUGCAGGUGUUUAACAGGUAACCUAUAAAUAAUCCCUUAAAAACAUUUUUCGAAAGGAAUUCUUCAGGCCCAAGGUGCUGGGGAAAGUCAGCAUGCAUGCUCGUGGAGUCGCUGUCUACAGUCUUAGCCAUCUCAUCUCAGCCAUGUCUGAGGUGCCAUUUUAGUUUCAGUGUCUUCUAUCAAUGUGUUUAGGAAAUUAUUUAACAAUUUCAACCUUCAUUCAUCAAAAUUUGAAGUAGGAAAGUUCUAAACGGAUGAGCUUAGAAAUGUCAAUAUUUCGGAAACUUAAACAAUGCUUAAACUUGCCCAUAUCAACAAGGCUCUCCUGUCUUCAGAACUUUUUCAAGCUGAACAAUCUGCUCUCUUAUAUAUAAUCUAACAUCUAUGUGUGUGUGCUCUUUUCAUUAUAUACUGGAUUUCAAUA